CAACCAGGGAGCGUUGUCCACGCGGAUCCCAUUGACUUUCCAUUUGUCCCGAUUCGGAGAUCGUUUCUUGCAGCAUCAUGGGUCCUAAAGGAAAAAAGUCUGCCAAGAAGAAAAAUAAAAUCACCAAGGCCGAAAGAUUGAAGAUGCUACAAGAGGAGGAGGAGCGGCGACUGAAAGAGGAAGAGGAAGCUCGUUUGAAACACGAAAAAGAAGAAAUGGAGAGACUUGAGACAAAACGUAUUGAGAAAGAAAAAUGGCAAGCACUUGAAGCAAAAGAUCUAGAAAGGAGAAAAGAAGAACUUGAAGAACUUCAUUUUUUAGAAGAGUGUUAUCUUGAAGCAGAGAAAUUAAAAAAAGAAAAUAGAUUACUUUCUCAGUGGAAACAUUACAUUCAAUGUGAUGGAAGUCCUGAUCCCUCAGUACCCCAAGAAAUGAAUACUUUCAUUAGUUUGUGGAAAGAGGAAACAAGUGAGACCUUUGAGGAAGUAAUUCAGAAGAGUAAACUAGUGCUAAAUUUAAUUGAGAAACUGACAUUAAUUUUGCUGGAAACCCCAUCAUAUGAUUUGCAAGAUAAAAAUGUGAAACAGUAUGAAGGGUCAAUUGAAGAAUUAAAGGAGCUCCUCCACGCUAAGUUUAAUGUCGCCACAGGACUGCUUCUCAGACAAGCUAGUACUUUGGCAGAUCUGGACAGUGGAAAUAUGGAAAAAAUUAUUCAAGAUGAAAAUGUUACUCUUUAUGUGUGGGCAAACCUCAAGAAGAACCCAAGGUACAAAAGUAUCAAAUUCUCUGGAACCCAGGUUGGAUUUGAAAUCCCCAGGAUGCUAGCAACCUGUGACAUUGCGCUAAGACUCCUACAUACCCACUACGAUCACGUCACUCCACUGUGCUCUACUCUAAGACCGUUAAAAGCAGAACGACUUGCUUCUGCAGUAACUGACAUUACCACAGAUCAAGAUCAAAGUAGGAUAGAAGAAACAGCCAGCCAAGAGGAGCAAGAGGAGUCGAAACAACCAGAAGGAGGGUCUCUGGCAGUUAUUGAAGAAGGAAAGCUUGAGGAAGACGGUGAUGCUGUCAGACUAAAGAGUUUUGUUGUGGAAGAAUCUGAAGCCACAAAAUUUGAAGUGGAGAUGAAGUUAUUAAGUAAAAAAGUUCUAGCAGUCCAGUUGUUCCUGGUAGAGAAUACGUGUGAAAAGCCAAAAUUCUUUGAAGAACACGAGAUUGACUUAUUGCAGUUCACACCUCUGGGUGGAGUGUACCACUUGGAUAUUUUGGAGCUUCCCCCACAGUGGAAACUGGUGAAUGGCUGGAUGAUGGUAGAAAUACUCAAAGAAGGAUUACAGAGAUAUAAUUAUCCUCCAGAAACUUCCGAAGACUUGGAAAUAGAAAACAUCUUCCCACCAAUAGUGGUCACCAUCAAGGUUCAGGAAAAUGUAAUAUUUUUUGAGGAUCCGAUAGUGGCAAGGUGGGACCCAGAAGGGAAACAUUGGAGAACAGAUGGCAUCGACCGUGUAAUUUACAAUUCAGAAAGCAGACUUGUAACAUUCGACCUGGAUAUGCUUAGCCCUGUCACCUUGUUUCAAGAUACUCAUAUCAACAUGCCAUACCAGUCAUGGGAACUGAGGCCACUUGACGUCAACAAAGUACUUUUGACUGUGACUACAGUGUUCACUGAGAUUCAUAUUCACAUUAAGGAAAACCUCUGCAUGCUAGCUUCAGUCAAACUAAAGAAUAGAAAGCAUUUCUCAAUUUUGGACGGACAGUGGAUGAGUCCAGUUCCUUUCAUGCGUGCACUGAAAGAAGUUGGAUUGAAUAUCUUCCCUACCGUGUACUCUCAUUUUUACGUUGUGAUAAACAAUAAGAUUCCCAUGGUAGAAUUGAAAGCUUAUCGGCAAAUGGCCCUGCUAAGUUCUGCUUUUGCGUUCAGGUGGAGCCAGUGGAAUUUACAAUGCGAUUCCAACAAAGUUGUUUUCCAGGUGAAGGAACUCCUUGAUGAAGAACGUGAUACAGAGUCUUCCAAAUGGGCCCUUUUCAUGUUUAAUGGGGACAGGGCACAGAGACUGAAGAUCGAGGAGAGCAAUGAUACAUACUCCGAAGCACUUAUGGAUGAAACUGAGUUACAUUCAACUUUAUAUCACAUGGUUAAGGAUUCCGCUUCGGGAGAAGCCAUGGAGAAAAUUAGAAGGUCCAACUGCCAGUUUACUGAUUCUGUAUGCCAAAUGCUACUCUCUACAAGACUACUCAGCUAUUCCUAAUCCCCAUGGAUAUGAAAAAAUUAAGCAACUUAAAAAAAUCAGACAUUUCUUCAAUAAAAUGUAACCAGUGAAUAGAUUUCGAAUGACUAUUAAAGUGAUCUAAUUAGCAUUGUAACUCAAAUUGUAUUUUAAAUAAUGGGUACUUGUUUCCUUACUAAUUGUACUUGGUCUACUGAAAAUUUCAACAUUCACUGUUAGGAAGAUUUGAUUUUAAUUCACCUUUAUUUCAAUAAAUUUUAACAAAUG